AUGGCUGAUUUUCUAGAUUUACAUAUGGAAAAUCAAGAUGGACACUUAUUUACUACGAUCUAUCACAAACCAUCUUAUGAACCAUAUUAUUUACCGUUCAAUAGUAUUCAUCCGUUACAUAUGAAGAAAAAUAUCGUAUUUACGAUGUUACUUCGUGUGAUUAGAUAUUGUUCAACAUUUCAAGCCUAUCUUGAUGAACGUGAAAAAUUACGAAUGGCACUGAUGGUAAAGAAAUACCCAAAUGAAUUCAUUCAGGAACAGUUUAAUCAUGUCUUAUUAAAAUUGAACAUCAAUCAACCAUUGACAUGUAGUAACUACAGUAAUUAUCGUCAAAGAAUCAUAGAUUCUCCUGUAAAAGAAAAAAUACCAAUAGACUAUAUAAAUUCCAUGCUUUAUGGAACAAAUACUUUUGGCGAAUCACCAAUCAACGAAGUUAUACCUGUUCUUGGCACACGUAAUGUUAACAAUUUACAAAGACGUUUAAUGCAUACAAGAUCAAUCAAUAUUGAUACAUAA